AUGGCAGACCAAAUCGAGGAUACUCCCGUGUACUAUGAGGAGCUCUACGAUCUUGAGCGUGAGUUCGAGGAUGUCGAGGUUGAGAUCAUUCGCCAGCAGUACAUCCUCUCCAAGCCUCUCUAUGCUAAGCGCGCUGAGUUGGUGGCCAAGAUCCCCAAGUUCUGGGCUCUUGUCCUCGAGCAGGCGCCCGUCGAGAUCGACGAGUACAUCCAGCCGACCGACGCCAAUGUGCUCUACAGCCACCUUACCAACCUGACGGUGAGCCGUUUCUCUCUCGAGGAGGACGAGAAGAAGGGCGACCCGCGCAACUUCUUGGUCCGCUUUGAGUUUUCCGAGAACGAGUACUUUGAGGAUCGCGUCAUCGAGAAGAAGUUUUGGUGGCGCCAUUCCAAGGAUGGCUUUGAGGGUCUUGUCAGCGAGCCCGUUACCAUCAAGUGGAAGGAGGGCAAGGACCUGACCGAGGGUCUGCUUGACCUGGCCAAGGCUGUCUACGAUGAACAGCUGGCUGCUCCCAAGGAGGCUAAGAAGGGCAAGCAGACUGAGCUCACUGAGAAGCAGAAGACUCUCAAGAAGAAGAUCAGCGAGACUGGAAUGGGUGGAGUCAGCUUCUUUUGCUUCUUCGGGUACGUCGGUGAGAUUGUUUCCGAGGAGGAGAGCAAGGAGGUCAUCGCCAAGGAGAACGAGAGGCGCAAGAAGCGUCAGGCCGGUGAGAAGGUUAAGGACGAGGACGAGGAUAUGGAGGAUGAGGAGGACCUCGAUGAUGAUGAAGAGGAUGACGAGCUGGAUAUCUUCCCUCCUGGCGAUGUUGUUGCGGUGACCAUUGCCGACGAGCUGUGGCCCAACGCCAUCAAAUAUUUCACCCAAGCCCAGGACCAGGAUCUGGAUGAUGUUGAUUUCGAGGACUUUGAGGAGGAUGACGAGGAGGAAGAGAACAGCGGUAAUGCCCGGCCGCCAAAGAAGCACAAGCGCUGUGCCAGUGGCUGCAAGCACUAA